AAGAAAAAUAUAAGAGUUGUUGGUGGCGCCAUCGCGUUCUGUUGGUUUUCCCUAUAAGUUAACAUUGCGGCUACCUCUUGUUAUACCUGUUAUUGUACUCUUUGUCGGAGGGUCGACUGUAUUAUUGAUAAGUAGAGUGAGUUUGCGUUAGAAAGAGAGAAAAAGAGAGAGAAAGUUCACUCACUUUCCAUCGUCAUCUUAUUUUCAAUCUCUUUUACCGUUUUUCAAUCAUCUUCAUGUAAUCAGCAUCAUCCUUUAUUAAUAAUAAUCAACCUUUGAUAACUUUAUAUUUUCACUGGCUUACGAUGUUUCCCAUUUCACCAGUUUAAGGUUCACUUUUCCCUCUCCUUUUACUUCCUGGUGUUUUUUUGUGACUUCAUCUUUCGGACAUUUCCUUUCAAAUUGGCUCCAUUUGUGUCUAAUGUGUACUUUAAGUGCCUUUAAGCUUUAUGGCUUUAAAGUUUGUGUUGCUUUUGCCUAGUGUGAAUGUGAUUCCCAAGUGACCAAUGGAACUGAUACAGUUAUUCGUAAAAAUUCUUUGUCUAAUCUCAAUCAUCGAAUGUCGCACGAGUGAAUCAUUUUGGGGUACGGGAAUGAAACUUGUUUUAGAUCCGAAUAAAAUCUGCCGUAAAGCAGGUCGAUUGAAAAGUAAACAAACAAGUAUUUGUGAAAAAGGACCGGAGAUCGUUCGGGAAAUAACCAAAGGUGCUAAAAUUGCCCGUAAAGAGUGUGAAUUUCAGUUCCGUAAUCGUCAAUGGAAUUGUCCAUCAACGCGAAAGUCGAUGAGGAAGAUCCUUUUGAAAGAUACUCGGGAGACUGGUUUCGUUCAUGCUAUCACAGCAGCUGGAAUGACACAUAGCUUAGCUAAAGCGUGUAGCCAAGGAACUCUUCUCGAUUGUUCUUGCCUUAUGAUGUCCUCUCCUCAAUCAGAUAAUUCAUUGUCUCAAGAUUUUGAUUUCCGUGGUUGUGGGGAUAAUGUUGAUUUUGGAUAUAAAAUGUCUAAAGAAUUUUUGGAAAGUAGAUUGAAAAGUGGCCAUGAUGUCCAAACGAUGGUCUUAAGGCACAACUAUGAAGCAGGACGAUUGGCAGUCAAAAUGAACAUGAAAAAAGCCUAUAAAUGCCACGGAAUGUCGGGAUCUUGUACAAUCCAAACGCGUUGGUAUAAGUUACCACCUUUCCGUGAAGUUGGGGCCAUUUUAAAAGACAAAUUUGAUGGUGCUAUAAAAGUGAUUGCCACAAAUGAUGGUCGCAGUUUUACUCCUGAAAUCAGCUCAAUCAAAUCACCAAGUUUAGAUGAUUUGGUUUACUUAGAGGAAUCGCCCAACUUCUGCCAAGCUGAUAGAUCAACUGGUUCUUUAGGCACUCAAGGACGUGAAUGCAAUAUUACAUCAAAGGGUAUUGACGGCUGUGAUCUGCUUUGUUGUGGUCGUGGUGCGAAAAAAGUGCAUAUACCCGUCAAAAAGAGCUGUAAUUGUCGAUUCAAUUGGUGCUGUGAAGUAACUUGCAAUGUAUGCACACACAAAAUGACGAUAUAUACAUGCAAAUGAAAGUGAUACACCGUCAAAAUAUGUGAACUUUUUCCUCCUAUUUUACUUUCAUUUUUUUACCUGUCAAUCAAACAGAAAAAAACUGUUCCAGUUUUGUUUGAAACCAAACAAAUGCAACAAUCUCUUCAAAUUUAUCUCUACUUUUCUCUCGGUCAGAUGCUCAGUUCAUGCAGGAAUCUAAACUGAUUUGAAAACUCAUAAGCCUGUUGAAAAAUAUGACUGACAUCGAGUAAUCGACGAAGUAAAAUGAACCGCCAACCCAAGCUGUUUGAUCUGCUGAAAGCCAUCAAUCGCAUUUGUAAAAUGCACUCUUCCUACUCUUCAUACAACAUAAAUUUCAUUAUUGAAUCCACCGAUUCGUCACUAAACACAUCAACCAUCUCUGUCUUCGAGAAGAUGACGGCCUAAUGAAUCAAGGAAAUGUUUCCAUCCGGAUCCAGGAGUAUUCGUGAUUCCACCAGUGUUCGUUAAACGAAACCUGUGCAUCUGAAAAAAAUGAAUAUGAAAUCCGAUUGAACCCGAUUCUGGACACCAUUUGGGUCUUGCACACUUCUUGUUUGGCUGCUCGGUCCAAUCAAUGCUGAAUCCAACUUGUGAAUACAUUUGUAUCUGUUUUUGUUAUUUUGCAGUCGAGCGCUUUGAGGAUUCAACCAAAAACAAUAAUGUGAAAAACAUGAGCUGGUCACAUAUGCUGAAACUAACUUUGAAUCAAACAUUUAAGAAAAGUUUUAAGGUACAACUUUGUUACCGCAUUUUUUAUAUCAAAUUGUACAACCUAAUAAUCAUGAUUGCCAUUUUCAUCUCUACCAUCAACAUAUCCAUCAUCAUCAUCUUCAUUAUCAUCAUCGUGCAUUUAAUGGAAGAAAUCAAAUUGCAUCCAUUUUUUUAACAAAAUUAUACAAUUGUAAAUAAAUGAAAAACAAAUUUUUGUCUAUGAAAAAUAGAUGAAAAAACUUUUAUCUUUUACUCAAUUAAUGAGAUCAAUAAAAGUGAAAUUAUGCUUGA